GCCACCUGUCAGUGUCUAUCAAUGCCAGCUGUCAGUGCUCAUCCAUGCCACCUGCCAGUGCCCAUCAGUGCCAUAUCAAUGCCACAUAUCAGUGCCUACCUGUGCACAUCAAUGCCACAUAUCAGUGCCCAUCUGAGCUGCCUUUCACUGCCACCUAUCAAUGCCAGUCAGUGCCACAUAUCAGUGCCGCCAAUCAGUGCCGCCUAUCAGUGCCAUGCCCAUCAGUGCCACCUAUCAGUGUCCAUCAGUGCAGCAUAUCAAUGCCCAUCACUGCAGCCUCAUUAGCGCACAUGAGUGAAGGAGAAAAAUCACUUAUUUACAAAAUUUUAUAA